CCCCCGAUAGCUCCCCGAACCCCGAAACUUGUUGGCCCAGAGGGCUUCUCCCAGAGGGGCAGAAGAAUGAGUGCAGCGAGUGUAGACGGACAGCCGGAAGCGCCUUCAAGGUCACUGGGCAAAUGAGGAAACCGAGGCUUCAGAUAACAGUGCUUAUGAUAUUGAUAAUAGUAACAACAACUGGCAUUUAGAUGGUGCUUUUAAGAUGGUUCCUUUUUCAGGUACAGGACAGAUACGAAGUUACCAUGUGGACUGGAGAAUGCUGCGUGAUGUAAAGAGGAGAAAGAUGGCCUUUGAAUUUGCAGAUGAAAGGCUUCGGAUCAACUCCCUCAGAAAAAAUACUAUAUUGCCAAAAGAUCUCCAAGAAGUAGCAGAUCAGGAAAUUGCUGCUUUUCCUAGAGACAGCUGUCCUGUCAGGAUACGAAAUCGUUGUGUUAUGACAUCUCGACCUCGGGGAGUGAAGAGGCGCUGGAGAAUCAGCCGGAUUGUCUUCCGGCAUCUGGCCGAUCAUGGGCAACUUUCUGGGGUCCAGAGAGCAAUAUGGUGAAUCAACUCCAGCACAAGUUACAACAGCAUGGACACUGUGCUUAAGCGUUUGGCAUUGGCAUUAAGGAAUGUGACCGCCAUCAUAAAUAAACAAGCAGUAAGCAAUGGCCCCAUAGGAUAACUGCUUUUCUCAAGUUGAUUUUUUAGCAGAAAAAAAUCUUGGUAUUGUAGAAAUCUGUGGAGGACAUGGUCUGUGACUGAAUUGCUUUCUUAUAAUUGAAUUUGUUACUACUGGUAAAGAAAAAAAGAUUUUGAUGUUCAGAAA